UUUGAAAAUGAUAUUUUUCUCAUGAAUCUUAGGUUCUUGAUGCAUUGGGUGAGUCAGUUCCGUGUGCAUCCUAUGACUCAUGGAUGGUGUACAUACCUGAAGGCGAGUUCUUGUCACGAAUAGGCCCCACAGAGUUUCUCAAGGACCUUGAGAAGUAUGUAGGUCUUGAAGCUGUCCGUGAGUGGAAAAAGCUUCUUGAUGUGGUUCUGCCAAUGUCGGCUGCUGCAACAGCUCUUCCUCCUCUUUCUAUUCGAGGGGAUUGGGGUGUUCUCUCGACAGCAGCAGCUAGAUAUGCUCCAUCUUUAUUGAAAUCAUUUAUCCAAAUAGGACCUCAAGGAGCUCUAGGUGCUACUAAGCUGUUGAGACCCUUCUCAGAGAUUAUUGAUUCACUGGAGCUGAAAAACCCUUUUAUUCGUAAUUGGGUGGACCUGUUGUGCUUUCUACUUGCAGGGGUCAAAUCUAAUGGGACACUCACGGCGGAAAUGGUUUAUAUGUUUGCAGAAUGGUAUAAACCAGGGUGCUUGCUUGAAUAUCCUCUUCAUGGAAGUGGGGCAGUAGUAGAUGCUCUUGUGCGAGGAAUGCAAAAAUUUGGUGGAAGGCUUGCAUUGGGUACUCAUGUUGAAAAUAUUCUGGUUGAAAAUGGUCGAGCUAUUGGCGUCAAGUUAAGGAGUGGACAGAUUGUACGUGCCAAGAAAGCUGUUGUAAGCAAUGCAUCUAUGUGGGACACUUUGAAUUUGCUACCAGCAGAUGCCAUCCCAAAAUCUUACCAAACUAAAGUUAAAGAAACCCCACAAUGUGAAUCAUUUAUGCAUCUCCACUUGGGUUUUGAUUCACAGGACAUCCUGGAAGGCCUGGGAAUCCAUCACAUAGUUGUUAAUGAUUGGAGCAGGGGUGUAGAUGCUGAUCAGAAUGUUGUCUUAAUUUCUGUACCUAGUGUGCUCGGUAAAGACUUGGCACCCCCGGGGAAACAUGUUUUGCAUGCUUAUACUCCAGGAACAGAACCAUUUGGCUUGUGGGAAGGGCUUGAUCGUAGAAGUGCAGAGUAUCGAGGACUCAAAGCAGAACGAUCAGAGGUAAUGUGGAGAGCUGUUGAACGUGCUCUGGGUCCUGGAUUUAGUCGUGAAAAUUGUGAUGUGAAAUUGGUAGGAACGCCACUUACUCACCAGAGGUUCCUUAGAAGGAAUAGAGGAACAUAUGGCCCAGCUAUAAAAGCUGGAGAAGCCACGUUUCCUGGUCAUUCAACACCCAUCCCACAGCUCUUUUGUUGCGGCGAUUCAACUUUUCCAGGAAUUGGAGUUCCAGCAGUGGCAGCUAGUGGCGCUAUAGUUGCCAAUUCUUUGGUAUCUGUUUCACAACACUCUGAGCUUCUUGAUGCUGUUGGAAUUUGAUUGCCAUGGUCAGCAUACAGCUUCUUUUGGUGCGUCAUGGACAACAGCAGACAUAAAGCCAGUUUGUAGAGGUUCAUGAUUGACAGCACUUGAAAUUGGUGACUUGGUAAUGGCAAUGUAAAUUUCUAAGGAGAGGCUGCAAAAAACCCUGUGGCGGCUUUUGAACUUCUGUAUUAUAUGUGCAAUUUGUUUGGACAACAGACUGGUUAUAUCAAAAAAUACACAUCACAAACACUGUACCAUGAAUUCUCAAAAACAUUGUAUGUUGGAGAUACUAUGAUCUACUAAUGCAAGUUCAGAUUGCCCUGACUC